ACUACGGGGAUAACAUAAUCCGUGUACCAAACGCCCCUGAGUAUUUAAAUUACGAGUAUUCAAUUCUAUGCUACCCUGCAUAACCGACUAGUAAUAAAGCCGAGAGACUCAAAACCCGAGACAACGAAAUGGACAACUCUAGCGAUUCAUCUGAUACUCGUUAGUUUUGAAGUAAAAUGGAAAUUGAAGGUACAGAUGGGUCCAAAACCCGACUCAAACCCGGUUCAACCAUAGAGUUCGGUAGAGGACUCGGGUUCACCUCCGAUGACAAAACCGUUUCUCGCCGUCAAAUCUUGUUCCAAAUCCACAAAGAUGAAACUAAGGUUAAGUUUGAAGUUGUUGGAAGGAACCCCAUUUGGGUAUACAGCAAUAAAGAUGGUAAAGUUAGUACUUUUAGGAAGUUUGAAAGAGGCGAAAUGGAGAAUGGUGACAUGUUCUGUGUAUCAGCCAAGAAAGCGAUUUGGUUCACCUUGAAGAGAAUUGAUUUUGGGGAUGAAGAUAAAAAGGGUGGCGAGAAAGAGAUGGAAAUGGAGACCCAAUUGGCUGAAAGUCUUGAGAGUAGUUCAUGUCCUGAAGGGAUUGAAUUUGACCUUGAGCAUGUUGAUAUUUCGGGCAUUGACCCUGUUCAAGAAUUUGGCUUUCUGGUGAUGGGGCAUGAAUUCGAUGGUUAUCCCAAGAGAAUGAUUCGGGAGAUAAAGAACUGGAAUUGGUUUAUCGAGGAUGAACGAGCAGAGAGUGAUGCUGAUGAGGAUUCUGAUAGAAAAGGCAGAAAGGGCGCUAGGAGAAAACGGAAGAAAAAAGGCAAGGGAGAUGAUGAUGAUGAGUGGACUGGAGAAAGUGAAGAUGAGAAGGAACUGCUUACGAAAUCUAAGAAGCUUCAGGGACCUAAAUACGUGACAAGGUCCAAGGACAAGUCUAAUGCAAAAAAGAGUAAACGUUCUACACAACAGGAAGCUAGAUCCCCUGAAGAAGAAUACGAGGAAGAAGAAGACGAAGAUGAAGAGGAUGAAACACUAGGGGGUUUCAUUGUAGACAAUGUAGAAGAUGAGCCAGAAGUUGGUGACGAAGAAGAAGAGGAGGAAUUCGAUGAUGAUGAUGAAGAAGUGUUAGAAGAUUGAUGUUCCUCCAAAAAACCGCGCUAAAUGAAUUGAUGUUCCUCCAGAAAACCAAGCUAGAUUGUUUUUGCUAGCUAGUUUUAUGUUGUCGUCCUUAUGAUUGCCUUUAUGGAGUGUCAAUCAUUUGCCAAAUCCUGUAUUCUACUUGUAGUUCUACUUUUUUUUUUUUUGGAUAGCCGUGGGGUUGCGGCCAGCUUGCGUGCAUCUCAACUUGUGGUUGUUCAUUUUUUCUGUCACUGUAUAUGAUAAUGUAGUUCUUGAAGCAGAAUUUUAUUACUCCCUUUGUACUAAACUAGCUGAUUUUGCUACCA